AUGGAAAUUUCUCCGAUCAAUUUCCUCCAUGGAUUCACUGUAUUUUGUGUCACGUUGGUGGUUCUAUUCAUAUCAUCUUUUGCUUUAUUGUCUUGGAUUUUGAGUCGGGUACUUGGUGCAUCUGUUGGAUUUUGCGUUGGUGGAUUUAACAGUGUAAAAGACGUGGAAUUGAAGUUUAAGAAGGGUGCUGUUGAAUCUCUAUCUGUUGGUGAAAUUAAACUUAGUUUCCGUCGUUAUUUGGUUGAUCAUAGUACGGGUUUUCGUUCUUGGGACCCAAAGUUGCAACUAAUAAUAUGCAACAUAGAAGUUGUUACACGACCUCCAAUUAAAAGCACUGAGGUAAAAAAGAAGAAGCCUAAAAAAUCCAGUAGUGGUUCUUCUGGCAAGGGAAAGGGAAAGGGAAAGGGAAAGUGGAAGACUAUAAGCAACAUUGCAAAAUAUUUGUCACUUUGUGUAACAAAUGUAGUUUUGAAGACACCUAAAUUUACUCUUGAAAUUGGGAAGUUGAAUGUGGACAUAUCUAAAGCGGCUGGAACCGAGUCAGAUUUGCUAGUUAGGGUUCAAAUACUACCCAUUGUCUUUAACCUAAUUCAGCCUCAAAUUAGUAAUGAAUUAUCUGAAUCUAGUGGUGGAGGAAGCAAUACUUCUACCCAAACAACUGUUGCUUCUACAGAAAAGACUUCUGCUACUUUUGUCUGUGAAAAAUUCUCUGUCUCAUGUACAUUUGGCCAAGAUAGGGAAAUGAGUAUAGCUGUAAAGAGUGUAGACAUUUCCAUUGGAGAUAUCAUUGUGAAUUCGAAUGAGGGGUUGCUUGAGAAAAAAAAGAGUUCAUCAGAAUCUUCUUCUGACUCUAAGAAAAAUAUAGAAUCAAGUGUUGAUGAUCCUAAGAGCAAAAAGCCACCUUCUAGCAAGCAGGAAAAAGUUUCAGGCUAUAUUUCAAAGUUUCCUCAAACGGUCAACUUCAAUCUGUCAAAGGUGAAUGUGAGUUUUACGCAUCGUGAACGUAAUCUUUUUGUUGAAAAUAGCAUCGUGGGCCUCCAAUUCAAAAGCAUCAAAUCACGACCGUCAAAGGAUGGUGGGGAGAGUAGACGUCUUCAUUUUCAACUCGAAUUUGGUGAAAUUAAUCUUUUUAAAGAAGUUGGUUCUUCCAUCUUAGAGAUAUCGAGUGUGAAGUUGGCUUCUUUUGUGUAUGUCCCUGUAGUACAGUCAGUUAUGCUUAUUAGAGCUGAAACAGAAGUUAAGAUUGGACGUUCACAAUGCAACAUCGUAAUGAGCAGAAUAAAGCCUUGGUUGCUCCUAAAGCCACCUAGUAAGCAGAAAAAACUGGUCAUCCGAGAAGAACCUGCUGUUGUAAAGCCAAAAUCUAAAGAUGAAAGUUUGACCAUCGUAUGGACAUGUAAUUUGUCAACUUCGGAGUUUAUAAUAAUGCUUUUCAAUAUGGCUGGUUCUCCACUAUAUAAUGUUUGCUUAAAAUCAGCACAUGUAUCGGCAAACAACACUUCGAAGAUGGGAAUUGCAGUACAUUCUGAACUUGGUGAAUUAAGCCUCAAAAUGGCUAAUGAAAAUCAAGAAUGCUUGGAAGAAAGCAUUUUUGGUGCUGAAUCAAACUCUGCCUCCAUUUUGCACAUUGCAAAGAUUUGUGUGGAUUGGGGCAAAAAGGACAUGAAAUCCUCUGAAAAAGAUGCUCCAAAGUGUGUGCUAUGUUUAUCAGUUGUUGUGACUAGCUUGGGAAUUUAUCUAAGUUUUGAGCGUAUAGAAUCAUUCAUAUCUACUGCAAUAUCCUUUCAAGUUCUAUUUAAAAGCCUUGCUGGUCCAAAGAAAAAAUCCACAAAUACCCGGUCACAUUCAUCAAAAAAUUCAGGGAAAGGAACUCAAAUGAUUAAAUUCAAUCUCGAACAGUGUUCAGUGUAUAUAUUGGGGGAAACUGGAAUAGAAAACGCAGUUGUUCCAGAUCCCAAGAGAGUUAAUUAUGGUUCACAGGGUGGUAGAGUUAUAAUAAGUGUGUCCGCAGAUGGUACCCCUCGUACUGCAAAUGUAAUAUCCACUGUUUCCGAUGAGUACCAGAAGCUAAAGUACUGUAUUUGUCUUCAAAUCAUAGAUUUGAAGUUGAGUGUGAACAAGGAGAAAAGAUCCAAACAGGUAGAACUUAAGAAGGCCAGAUGCCUCUAUCAGGAGUAUUACAAUGAAACUAGGCCAGUAUCAAAGGUGCCAUUGUUUGAGAUACGAUAUAUUAAAUUUGUACAGCGAUUAGGUGGCAUUAAAGAGAAUGCUGCAUGCUCUCUGUUCAGUGCCACUGAGAUUAGUUUGAAGUGGGAGCCUGAUCUACAUCUAUCACUGAUUGAACUGGUUUUGCAGCUAAAAUUAGCAUUACACAAUUCCAAGCUUCGGGAGCGGAGUAAUGAAAAAGUUGAAGAUGUAGUUUCUGAUGUAAAAGAUUCUAAUGUGAAAAAUGAAACUCCUCCUCUUCCAUCAGGGCAUGCUGAAAAGAAGAAAGAUUCUGUUUUUGCUGUUGAUGUAGAAAUGUUGAAGAUAUCUGCUGUGCUAGGAGAUGGAGUUGAUGCUAUGGUUCAGGUGCGGUCAAUUUUCUCUGAGAAUGCUCGUAUAGGAGUGCUCCUUGAAGGACUCUUGUUUUAUUUUAAUGGGGCCAGACUCGUCAAGAGUAGCAGGAUGCAGCUUUCACGAAUUCCUAGUAAAUCUGCUGCUGCUAUAUCUGAUGCAAAGGGAGUUACAGUAUGGGAUUGGGUGAUUCAAGGUCUUGAUGUUCACAUUUGUCUUCCAUUCAGAUUAGAAUUGCGUGCUAUUGAUGAUGCUCUGGAGGACAUGUUGCGUGCAUUGAAACUUAUUGUUGCUGCAAAGACCAACAUGAUUUUUCCGGUGAAGAAAGACAGUUCUAAAGCUAAAAAGCCUAGUUCAGUGAAAUUUGGAUGUCUGAAGUUUUUCCUUCGCAAGUUAACUUUUGAUAUUGAAGAGGAACCGCUUCAGGGAUGGCUUGAUGAACACUACCCACUGUUGAAGAAGGAGGUUGGCGAUUUAGCUGUCAGAUUAAACUUCUUAGAUGAUUUUAUAUCCAAGGCUAAGAAAGAUCCAAACUCUACUGAUGAUACCUGUCUUGAAGAAAAAAAAAUUUAUAUCAAUGAUAUUGAAGUUGAUCUAAACGAUCCUUCAGUUGUUGAAUCGAUGCGAGAAGACAUUUAUAGACGAACAUUCCAAUCAUAUUACGAGUCAUGCCAAAACAAAAAGUUCUAUGACGGAUCAGGUGCUUAUAAAAAUGAUGAACUUCAAUCGGGUUUCAAGCUUAGUACUGCAAGAUCUUUUGUUCUUUCAGUAUUUGCAACAGAGUUAGAGGUAACCUUAACAAAAAUCGAUGGUGGAGAAGAUGGGAUGAUUGAAAUUCUGAGGACGCUUGAUCCUGUUUGUCGUGAAUUAGAGAUACCAUUUUCCAGAUUGUAUGGAGCAAACAUUGUCUUGAAUACUGGUUCUCUUGUGGCUCAAAUUCGAGAUUACACUUAUCCUCUCUUUGGUGGAACUUCUGGCAAAUGUGAAGGUCGUGUUGUCAUGGCUCAGCAGGCAACUAGCUUUCAACCUCAAAUGGUUCAAGAUGUCUAUGUUGGAGAAUGGAGAAAGGUGAGCAUGCUUCGAUCAGCCACUGGUACUACUCCGCCUAUGAAGACAUACACAGACUUGACGUUACGUUUCCAGAAAGGUGAAGUGUCAUAUGGGGUGGGAUAUGAACCAGUUUUUGCUGAUAUUAGUUAUGCUUUCACUGUGGUGCUACGGAGGGCUAAUCUGAGUCUUAAGACUCCUGGGCCACUUAUUGUGCCACCCAAAAAGGAGAAGAGUUUGCCAUGGUGGGAUGAUAUGAGAAACUACAUUCAUGGAAACAUUACCUUAAUAUUUUCUGAAACAUACUGGAAUCUUUUGGGAACUUCAGAUCCUUAUGAAAAAUACGAUAAACUUGUACUUUUGACCGGUUAUAUGGAAAUUCAACAGUCAGAUGGUCGCAUUUUUCUUUCUUCGGAAGAUUUCAACAUUCACUUGACCAGUUUGGAGAGUUUGGCAACCAAACAUGGUGCCAAAAUUCCACCAGGUGUUUCUGGUGCAUUCUUUGAAGUCCCAGUUUUUAUACUUGAAGUUUUAAUGGAUUGGGGUUGUGACUCUGAAAGGCCAUUGAAUCAUUAUUUGUUUUCACUUCCAAUUGAAGGGAAGCCUCGUGAGUUCGUAUUUGACCCCUUCAGAUCCACUGCUCUUUCGAUUAAAUUUAGCGUAUCAUUUAGAUCCCUUCCUCCUCCAUCAGAGAAACAAAGUUCAUCAUCAUCUGUUGCAAAAGAUAGUACAGAAGGAGAUGCUAAUGUUCAUCAACCUCCUCGCACUUCUCAGAAUACUUCACCAACAAUAAACCUCGGUUCUCAUGAUCUAUCAUGGCUGACAAAAUUUGGCACCUUGAUGGCUCUUCCCCCACAUAAACUGCGUCUUUUCUCGCGUUUCCCUCGUUACGGUUGUGCAAGAAUUAUCAGAUCAGGCAACCUUCCACUUGAUAGAGUUAUAACUGAGUUUAUGAUGCGCAUAGAUGGCACCCCAAUUCGUAUAAAGAACGUGCAUCUGCAUGAUGAUGAUCCAGCCAAAGGACUAACAUUCUCUAUGACAAAGCUCAAGGUUGAAGUAUGUUUUGGGAGGGGCAAGCAAAAGUUUACUUUCGAAUGUUUCCGUCCCGGUCUUGAUGUUGUUUACCUAGGUGUUGAUCUUCACAUGCCCAAAGUUUUCCUUAGCAAAGAAGACUGCAGCAGUAUUUCUAAAUUGAUUAGCAUUACACCAAAAGGCCCACAAACUCCAUCCAAGGAUAAAACUCCCUCUAAAAAAGGUUGCAUGACACAGAAAAAUCCUGAUGAUGGAUUCUUUUUAUCCGGUGAUUACUUCACGAUAAGAAAGCAGUCCCCAAAGGCUGAUCCUGAUUCUUUGAUAGCCUGGCAUGAAGCAGGAAAAAUACCUUCUGACAAUACCUAUGUACGACCACAGCGUGGAAAUCGAAACGAAACCGACGACCAAGCGCAAUCGGAUGCAAGUGAUGACGAAGGAUACAAUGUGGUAAUAGCAGACAGUUGUCAGCGUGUGUUUGUCUACGGUCUCAAGCUUCUGUGGAAUAUUGAAAACAGAAAUGCUAUUUGUUUCUGGGUUGCUAGUCUUUCCAAAGCUGCCGCACCUACCAAGCCUUCUCCUUCUCGGCAGUAUGUGCAGAGAAAGUUACGUGAGGAGAAGAAAAAACAAGAAGUUGCUGAAACUAAUCAAGAUGGUGCAGGUGAAACUGCUCAAGAUGAUGGAGCUGAAGUCCAUCCAGAUGAUGGAGCUGAAGCUCAUAAUGAUGAAGGAACUGGAACCAAUCAAGACGAAGAUUCUGUGCCCCUUAACACCAAUAACAUCUCGGAUUCUCCCUCUGCUCAGACUGCCAAAAAUCCUGAAUUACCUUCAUCCCCACCGAAAGUGGAUAAUGUGGACAACGUGCCAUCUAGUACUAAAAAAGAGAAUGGUGAUGAACCAGAGGAGGGGACUCGUCACUUCAUGGUUAAUAUUGUUGAACCACAGUUUAAUCUUCACUCAGAGGAUGCAAAUGGAAGAUUUUUGCUUGCUGCUGCAAGUGGCCGAAUUUUAGCCCAGUCAUAUCAUUCAGUUCUUCAAGUUGGUUUAGAGAUGAUUGAACAAGAAGCUAAUAAAACUGAGGCACAAAGUAGUGAGUACCAGCCUGAAAUUGCAUGGAAAAGAUGGGAGUUAUCUGUCAUGUUGGAGCAUGUGCAGGCCCAUGUUGCACCAACAGAUGUUGAUCUAGGGGCUGGAGUGCAGUGGCUGCCAAAAAUUCAAAGAGGAUCGCCAAAAGUAAUGCGUACAGGUGCUCUUCUUGAGAGAGUUUUUAUGCCUUGUGAUAUGUAUUUUCAGUUCACAAGGCACAAAGGAGGCACUCCAGAACUGAAGGUGAAACCCUUGAAGGAGCUCACCUUCAAUUCUCAUAAUAUAACAGCAAAAAUGACUUCUCGCCAGUUUCAGGUCAUGCUAGAUGUGCUGUGCAAUCUUCUCCUUGCACGGGUUCCCAAGCCUCGAAAAAGUAGCAUGACUCUUUUUGCUGACGAUGAUGAAGAUAAAGAAGAAGAAGCAGAUGAGAUAGUACCAGAUGGUGUUGAAGAGGUGGAACUUGAAAAGAUCAACCUUGAAAGGAAAGAGAGGGAUCAAAAUUUGAUUCGUGAUGAUAUAAGAAAAUUGUGUCUUUGGCAUGACGUUUCAAGAAAUUCACACCCAGAAGAGGAAGCAAGCUUGUGGAUGAUAGACGGUGGAAUAGGCAAGCUGGUCCAAGAACUGGAGAAAGAACUUGUAAAUGCGAAAAAAUUUAGGAAGGAAGCAUAUGCAUCAUUAAGAGUGGCUAUGCAUAAAGCUGCACAACAGAGAUUAAUGGAGAAGGAGAAGAACAAAAGUCCUUCAUAUGCUAUGCGUAUAUCUAUGCAAAUUAACAAAGUUGUUUGGAGCAUGAUCCUUGAUGGUAAACCCUUUGCUGAAGUCGAGAUUAAUGACAUGAUCUACGACUUCGACCGGGAUUAUAGGGAUAUCGGCAUUUCUCUGUUUACCACAAAAUUUGUUGUUUUCAGAAACUGCCUGUCUAAUGCCAAAUCUGAUACAAUUCUUUCAGCAUGGAAUCCCCCUCCUGAUUGGGGAAAAAAAGUGAUGGUUAAACUUGAUGCGAGACAGGGAGCUCCAAAGGAUGGAAAUUCUCCGUUUGAACUUUUCUAUGUAGAGAUUUAUCCUCUUAAGAUCCAUUUGACAGAAGCAAUGUACAGAAUGAUGUGGGUCUAUUUCUUCCCAGAAGAAAAGAAGGAUUCACAACGCCGACAGGAGGUUUGGAAGGUUUCAACCACAGCUGGUGCAAGGCGUAUGAGAAAAGGUUCAGCUGAUGGUUCGUCUGCAGGCACUGAUGCCCCACCAGCAAGAACUGGCUUCUCUGCAAUGCUAUUUCCCACAGUCAAUCCACUUGCUUCCCAAGCUGAUUCAGCCCAAGCAUCCAAAGCACAAAAUGCCAAAGCUAAUCCUGCUGCUGGUCAAAGCCCCGAGUUGAAAAGGACAUCUUCUGAUAAAACAAAGGAAGAUGCUGUAGCAGAAUCUGCAGCUGAUGGAGGAAAGGAGAUAGCUGGGGCACCAGAAGAGAAGAAAGCUAGACCACAAAAGAUAAUGGAAUUUCACAACAUCAAAAUUAGCCAGGUGGAACUGUGUGUUACAUAUGAAGGGUCAAGAUUUGUUGUGAGUGAUAUGAAAUUAUUGAUGGAUCAAUUUCAUCGAGUUGAGUUUACCGGGACUUGGAAAAGACUCAUCUCACGAGUUAAGAAGCAUAUCAUAUGGGGAGUUCUUAAGUCUGUGACUGGAAUGCAGAUUAAGAAAUUUAAAGACAAAGGUCAGAUUCAGCUCCCUAGUUCCAGUGGUCCAGAACUGGACAGUCCUUCUGUUGACAGUGAAGGAAAAUCUGAUAAGCUUCCACCAUCUUUUCCUAAGCGUCCAACUGAUGGAGCUGGUGAUGGAUUUGUAACAUCCAUUAAAGGAAUAUUUAGCCAUCAACGUCGCAAGGCAAAGGCAUUUGUGCAAAAGACAACGAAAAAUGAAGGACAGAAUGAAGUUCAAGGGGAACUGAAUGAAAAUGAUCCAGAAACCUCUCCUUUUGCUAGGCAACUCACUAUCACACAAGCCAAAAAGCUUAUUAGGAAGCACACCAAGAAGUUGGCGGCUAAAGGACAAAAGGGUACUCCCUUACAACAAAUAGUAGAAGAAGCACUACCAAUAUCUCCAAAAGAAGAUGCCAUUGCAUUUGACAGUGAUUCUUCGAGUGACUCUUCAUCCGAUGACAGUUUACCAGAUCAGAUUAUGUAAAGCAAUAAUUCUUAGUUUUUAUGUUCAUCAUCAACUACGUUUUGUCUUAUUCUUAAAUAACUAAAUCAGUAGAUAAACAUCUAUUCAGUGUAUUAUUCCCUGGCAAUCUCAGCCAUUGUUAUUGAAGAGUUUCUUCUCUUCUUUGUCAACUUAGUUCUGGUAAAUUUGCAAUG